CUCCAACUGAUGGUGGUGGUGAUGGAAAACAGGCCCAUCAAGAGCAGUGCAGCUGUGUUUUUGCUCCCCUUGCGCGUCGCCACCCACACCGCCCGAACUUCGGGCGAGCGAGGCGGUGGCGCGCCGAGUGCUGCGGCGACGAUCGGCGGGCGGCCCGCCGCUGCAGCGGAGGCGCCGACCAUCCAGCAGUCGCCGCGGCCUCGAUCGAUAGGCUGGACUCUCGCACGCCGAGCCCCCCGCCGAUGCGAUGGCGCCGACACGGGGAUUUAUCCAUAUCCACCUUCCCCCCUCGCAGAUGGCGCCGACGCUGCCCGUGUUUGCCUGGGUGGCGACCCGGGUUCGAAGGUGAGCGUGUCCCGCAGCGCGCGCUCCCCGGCCGCCAAUACAGCCACCCGGGCCAGAGGGGGGGGGAGGGGGAGGAGGAGGAGGAGGAGGAGACGUACAUAAAACAGUGCGGAUUAGAGUCACAGGAGAAGGGCAAUCUAUAGGAACACGCGUAAAACACCAAGGACUCGUGUCCCAUGUACACACCAGGCAGCCCGCGCAGCACGAGCCGAUCCCGCCGCCAAGAAGGCGAGAGCCGCAAAAUGCGGCCAGGAGGCUCCGCAGACAGCGGCCUCCAAGUUGCAGCGCGCUCGCCACGCUGCCUGGGUGUGCGCCGUCAGGUGAGGCGGCCACGCGAGCCACCAUCCACCCCGUGCCGAGCCUGAAAAGGCCCAGACCACCGUAGGCACUCCCCAGCUCACACGGCGCUGGCGGGCCUCCAGCUCACGGACUCCAGCAUCUGCCGAAGCUGCGCGCUGAGCUGAGGCCCGUAGCCAGGCGCCUGCCGAAGGAGGCAGUCGGCACGCUCGAAGACCUCCCCAGGGCCUUCCGAGGCAGCAGCUCCGCCGCCAGCAGGCGCCGCUCCCGCGAGCGCCGUGCCCAGCUCCGCCGCCGCCCUCGCCGCCUCCGCCUGCGCCUUCGCCCGUGCGCGCCUCGGCCCACGCCGCCGUGGCUCGGCACCGCCAGCCAGGCCGGCGCGCUCGAGGCCGCACGCAGCAGCUCCAGCAGCACCUCCCACUCCGCGAGCGAGAUCCGCCGCUUCCGCCGCCGCCGCCCCGCCCGGGGCCCUCGCAAGGGCCAGCGCCGCGCCCGCGGGAGCGGCCGCCGCGGCGGCCAAGCCAGAGCCCGCGCCGCCCGCGCCAGCAGCCGCCGCCUCCGCGACCCACCUGCCCUCGCGCCCCCGCCCAGGCCGCCGCCGUCCGCCGACAGGCAGGCUGUCAGCCCAGGAGUCGUCGACCAACGAGGCGAGGUCAACGUCGUCGGCGCCGUCGACCGCCAUCGCCGUGGGCAGCAGGGCGAGCCCCAGGCCCGCACCAGUACUGCCAGCACCAGCCGUCGUCACGUCGCCGUCGGUGUUCGCCUGCUGCUUGCGAGCCGCGCGCGCCGCGCGGCGGCGCCGACGCCGCGCCCGCUUCGCCUCCGCGGAGGCACCAGCUGGGCGAGCGGCAUCGCCAACGGCAUCAGCAGCAUGAUCGUCACGUCGGCCGUCUGCAGCGUGCGCUUGCGUCGUCGGCCGCGCCGCGAACGCGGCGGCCGAGACUGCAGAGCGCGCCACUGCGGCGACCGUGCGGCGCGGCGCGCCGCCGUCCACCGCGCCGCGGACCGCCGCGCGCACCAGCAGCGCGAGGUCGUCGGCGGCCGUGCCAGCCCCUCUAGCAGCGCGCAGGCCAGCCAUCCCGAGGCGGGAGGCCGAGGCGGCGCGGCAUGCGAACGCUUGAGCCAAAUGGACUCGUGUCCCAGGAGAGGCCCAAUAUAUAGGAACAUGAGUAAAACAUUUAGGAUUGUGUACACAGAUUGGGCUUCUCC